UUUCUUCAGGGAGAUCUCCCACGUCUAGCUGCCCUGGCAGACUCCCAGGGAGGAAAGACAGCAUGGCCUUGGCAGCUGCCCCCAGGAAGGCGCCCACAGGUGACAGGAAGAAGCCAUUUCCCCAUCCUGACCCGAUUCAGCAACCCUGAACAUUCUGCUCCAGCCAAGGUGGUGAGGGCAGCUGCUCCUAAACAGCGAAAAGGCAGCAAGGUUGGUGAUUUUGGAGAUGCAAUCAACUGGCCCACACCUGGAGAGAUAGCCCACAAGAGUGUGCAGCCACAGUCUCACAAGCCUCAGCCUGCCCGUAAGCUGCCACCCAAGAAGGACAUGAAAGAACAGGAGAAAGGAGAGGGGAGUGAUAGUAAGGAGAGCCCGAAAACCAAAUCAGAUGAAUCCGGGGAAGAGAAGAAUGGGGACGAAGACUGCCAGCGAGGCGGGCAGAAGAAGAAAGGGAAUAAACAUAAGUGGGUUCCCCUGCAAAUAGACAUGAAGCCCGAAGUUCCCAGAGAGAAACUUGCCUCACGCCCCGCUCGCCCGCAGGAGCCAAGACAUACACCUGCCAACCGAGGGGAGAUCAAAGGGUCUGAGCCUGCCACCUAUAUGCCUGUGUCUGUGGCCACCCCCACCCCAGCCUGGCAACCAGAGACCAAACCGGAGCCUGCCUGGCACGACCAGGACGAAACAUCGAGUGUGAAGAGUGAUGGGGCUGGUGGGGCGCGGGCUUCCUUCCGUGGCCGUGGACGGGGGCGUGGUCGCGGCCGGGGACGCGGCCGGGGUGGCACUCGAACCCAUUUUGACUACCAGUUUGGCUAUCGAAAGUUUGAUGGUGCAGAGGGGCCUCGAACCCCCAAGUACAUGAACAACAUUACCUACUACUUUGACAAUGUCAGCAGCACUGAGCUUUACAGCGUGGACCAGGAGCUGCUCAAAGACUACAUCAAGCGACAGAUUGAGUACUACUUCAGCGUGGACAAUUUAGAGCGAGAUUUCUUCCUGAGAAGAAAAAUGGAUGCUGAUGGUUUCCUUCCCAUCACCCUUAUUGCUUCCUUCCAUCGUGUGCAAGCCCUUACCACGGACAUUUCACUUAUUUUUGCGGCCCUCAAGGACAGCAAGGUGGUGGAAAUUGUUGAUGAGAAAGUCCGAAGGAGGGAAGAGCCUGAGAAGUGGCCUCUUCCUGGUCCCCCAAUAGUGGAUUAUUCCCAGACUGAUUUUUCCCAGCUUCUCAACUGCCCUGAAUUUGUUCCCCGUCAGCACUACCAGAAAGAGACGGAGUCGGCGCCUGGCUCUCCCCGUGCAGUCACCCCAGUGCCAACCAAAACGGAGGAGGUCAGCAACCUAAAGACACUGCCUAAGGGCCUGUCUGCCAGCCUGCCUGACCUGGAUUCUGAGAACUGGAUUGAAGUGAAGAAACGGCCUCGGCCCUCCCCAGCACGGCCCAAGAAGUCAGAGGAGCCCAGGUUCGCCCACCCGACAUCUCUGCCACAGCAGCUUCCCUCCCAGCAGUUGAUGUCCAAGGAUCAGGAUGAGCAAGAGGAAUUGGAUUUCCUGUUUGAUGAGGAGAUGGAGCAGAUGGACGGGCGAAAGAAUACCUUCACUGCCUGGUCUGAUGAGGACUCUGACUAUGAGAUUGAUGACCGGGAUGUCAACAAGAUCCUCAUUGUUACCCAGACGCCACCUUACAUGCGCCGGCAUCCUGGGGGCGACCGUACAGGCAACCACACCUCUCGUGCCAAGAUGAGUGCCGAGCUGGCCAAGGUCAUUAAUGACGGGCUCUUCUAUUAUGAGCAGGACCUGUGGACUGAGAAGUUUGAACCCGAGUAUUCCCAGAUCAAGCAAGAAGUAGAGAACUUUAAGAAAGUCAACAUGAUCAGCCGGGAGCAGUUUGAUACACUGACCCCUGAACCCCCUGUGGAUCCCAACCAGGAGGUUCCUCCUGGGCCUCCCCGGUUUCAGCAAGUUCCCACUGAUGCCCUGGCCAACAAGUUGUUUGGUGCUCCUGAGCCCUCAACCAUUGCCCGCUCUCUACCAACCACUGUCCCAGAGUCGCCAAACUAUCGCAAUGCCAGGACCCCCCGUACACCCCGGACGCCACAGCUCAAAGACUCAAGUCAGACAUCACGGUUUUACCCAGUGGUGAAAGAAGGACGGACGCUAGAUGCCAAGAUGCCUCGAAAAAGGAAGACAAGGCACAGCUCAAACCCACCCUUGGAGAGCCACGUGGGCUGGGUGAUGGAUUCCCGAGAGCACAGACCCCGGACUGCUUCCAUCAGCUCCAGCCCCUCAGAAGGAACACCUGCAGUUGGCAGCUAUGGCUGUACCCCUCAGUCACUGCCCAAGUUCCAGCAUCCUUCCCACGAGCUGCUCAAGGAAAAUGGUUUCACACAACACGUCUACCACAAGUAUCGUAGGCGCUGCCUUAACGAGCGGAAGCGCUUGGGCAUUGGCCAGUCUCAGGAGAUGAACACUCUCUUCCGCUUCUGGUCCUUCUUCCUCCGAGAUCACUUCAACAAAAAGAUGUAUGAAGAGUUCAAGCAGCUGGCUCUGGAGGAUGCCAAAGAAGGCUACAGAUAUGGUUUAGAGUGCCUUUUUCGAUACUACAGUUAUGGCCUAGAAAAGAAGUUCCGGUUGGAUAUAUUCAAGGAUUUUCAGGAGGAAACCGUGAAGGACUAUGAAGCUGGUCAACUCUAUGGGCUGGAAAAGUUCUGGGCCUUCUUGAAAUAUUCCAAAGCCAAAAAUUUGGACAUUGACCCCAAACUGCAAGAAUACCUCGGCAAAUUUCGACGUCUAGAAGACUUCCGAGUAGAUCCCCCCAUGGGUGAGGAGGGCAACCACAAGCGACACCCAGUGGUAGCAGGAGGUGGCAGUGGUGAGGGCAGGAAGCGGUGCCCCUCCCAGUCUUCCAGCAGGCCUGCCACCAUGAUUAACCAACCCCCUACACCACCUACUGGCCAGCCCAUCCGGGAAGAUGCCAAAUGGACAAGCCAGCACUCGGAUACACAGACUUUGGGAAAGUGAAAAGCCCUUUAGCCCUGGGGAUUAGAGUGGGGAAGGGGUGGGGUGGUCGAGGGUCCAUGGGGGUGCCCAGUCCCAGGAGAGGGGACAAAGAAGGGACUGGCCUGGAAUUAAUAGAGCAGGCCUCUGUGCUGAGUAGCAGUGUGUACACCAUUUGGGCUAUUAGAGGUACCCUGGGCAGAGCCUCCACGUAACUCCCUUCUCCUCCUCUCUCCAUGACUCUUCCAUCCCAGCUUCUUCUAAGGGGGGAGGGAAAGGGGGGAGAUUUUUUUAUAUAUAUAUACAUAUAUAUAUAUAUCAAGUUUUAAAUUAUUGAUAGUUUGUCUGGAUUACCAAAAUCACUCUUCAGCCCUGCCCUCGGCUGAUAUGCCGCAACCCUGGUCCCCACCCACAGCCUCUUCUUGCUCCCCCCCCAAGCCAACUAUGCAGCCCACCAGAAGGCCCUGUGGGCCCUAUUGCCCAGCACUGUCCCGUGGAAGGCUCUGACAGCGCCUGGGCCCCAGGAGCACUAGCCCCUGACUAUGUGGGGUUUGCCGUCACCAUGUUCUCUCCCUGCUGUCCCUACCAUGCCCUUCUGCCAUCUUCUGGGAGAAGGAAACCAAAGGAUCUAAAAGUGGGGGUUGGGGGAGGUUUCAGCCUCUCCCACUCCCCUUUCCCCACACCCCUUACUCCCCAGCCCAGAGAGACGCUGCUCAUACCAGAAAAGACUAUUGAAAGAUGAUUUAUUUUAUUUUUCUCUGACCUUUCCAUCCUUGGAAAAACGGAAAAAAGAAAAAAAAAAAAAGACAAAAUAGACCAUUAACAAAAAAAGAAAAAAACAAAAAAAAAGAAAAGAAAAAAAUCAGAAAACCCCCACCUAAUCCAUAGAAAGUGAUGUCUUUCCCCUCUCCUUGGAAAUUUUUUUUGUUUGUUUUGUUCUUGGAAAUAAUAUUUUUUUAAAAGUUGCCUUAUUGUGGAGCGGGAAUCUGAAAUAAUACCCAAAUGCCUGUUUUCCUCGGUGGAGUCAACCUGAAGAGCUCCCACCUUCUCUGGAUGUGCCUGGGCUUGGACUGGCUGGAUCUUUCUCUGGACUGAGUUGCAUGUACAGUGCCUCCCGCCUGGAGGCAAGAGAGUUGGGGGCGGCUGUCAGAGCCGUGCCCAAAAUAUCCCUGCUGUUGCAUCGUUGAAGCUGACGUCCUGUGUCUGUACACUGCUGCCACUUUCGUGUCCUUGCUCUGCUUGCUGUCGCCUCACGCCAGGCCCCGUCCUGCCGUGACACCCUUCAUCCUACCCUUGGAAUCCCAAGGCCAAGUUUGCUUCAAACUGUUGGAAAACAGAGUUGGCCUGGAUCUGGAACACACUUGUCCUCAGCCCGAGCGUCUUCCCCAUGCCAGAGGGGAAAGGGGAACACCUGGUAGCUGAGGCUUGGAUAUGUUUCUCACAUUGUCCUGAAAGAUCACCGAGACCUCAAGGAAGCUUUAUGUCUCGUGAAAGGUGGAGAAAGGUGCCAUUCUUUUCCGAGGGUCUGGUGGGGUCUCCCCAUCUUGCAUUCCCCCCCUCUGCAAGCCAUCUCUGCCCACCCUCUCUCUGAUCAACCCCAACUGGGAACGAGACCCCGCCUGGGAACGAGGGAUGAGGAGGAAUUGGGGGCUGGGGGGAAUCCUGCCAGUUGGUGAAGCCCUGUGGCAGGAAGGUAUAUGUGGACAUAGAGUAUACCUAACUUCUCUUCUCCAGCCACUGACUGCUUGAGUUGGGCUGUGAAUGACAAUGGAAUGGCUGGAGUCUACUGUCGUCAGAAGCUAGGGAGGGUGACCGACUGACCCGCACAGACUGGGAUGUGUGUCAAGUACGGGCAUGACUGCAUGUUCACCCCCAAUGGGAACUGGGCAACACGGAGAAGUUUGCUGUCUUGUUGCUCAAUUACUGAAACUUCUUUGACCCUCCUUUUCAACAGGUUUCUCUGUUGGCCCAAAGGUUGGGAAUAGGAGACAGUAUCCCAGGCUGACAGGGGCUCGCUUGCCCUCUGUCUUUGGGUACCUCAUUGCUUUUAGUUUGUGUGCCCCCUCACCUCUGUCAUCCCAGUGCUUAGAAUGUGGGAAGCCCAUCUCACUUCCUGUGACCCAGUCGUCUUGAACCAAGGAUGAAUGUCUGGUCUCUGCUAUGACAAUGGGAUCUGAGGCUUCUCCCUAACCAGUCUGGUGUACCUGCCCCACAUUGUCCCAGACACUGGACUCCUGACCCCCUUCUCUCUCCCUUUCCCCCUUUUUUUCCUUUGGGUCACUCAGCCCUGUAUUUUAUCCAGCACCACAAAAACCUCAGUGUUUGACCCUUGCUGUGUUUGGGGACACAAGGAAGCCUUGGAGGUGGGAAAAGGCUGUUCUCAUCUAGUUACUCCCAGGCCAGGGGCUGCCAUCCUCUCCCUGAUCCUCUCAGAUAUCCCUGAAGGAGGAAGCACCUUUGGGGUGAGUAGGUGAGAACUUCAUCUCAACAUAGGCUGAGGAGGGGUGAGGGGCUAUUUUCUUUCUUUCUUUCUUUUUUUUUUUUUUUUGUAACAUGUUAGGAGUUAAUGUUGCAAAGAGUAGUUUACAUCUUCACUUUCUGAAGACACUUGAAUUUAGGACCGAUGUAUCUGUGACAAGUAUGAGUGGCAGGGGCCAUCAGGACUAGCCACUUCACAUCCACCACCUUCCCAUGGGAAUCUUAAGACCUGAGACACAAAGCAACAGCCUGCCCCAACCCCCUGUUUAUUCUCUGCCCUUCUAAGGUUGGUCCACGCCAGAAUGACCUGUAGGUGUCAAACAGAAGGUCUGUGUGUGCCUAAGCCCUGAGGAGGGACAGGUUUUUCUUGUGCCCUCUCCAGAACCUGAGACACAUGCACUAUCAGUAGAGAAGGCUACCCAGUCCUGCCUCAGCCUGGACCCCUAGGGCUCAGAACGACAGCAAGAGGCACUGAGCCCCCAUGUCAAAGUUAAAUGUUUUUGUUUCAUUGUAGCUCUUCCCCCCCCCCCUUUCUGAUGAUUGAUUUACAAAAGAAAGUAAGCUGCUCAGGAGGCUCUGGAAGUGGGGUAGAGGAAGCAAGAAGACUAGCCUUUAGGAGAGCUAGGGGUGUUUUGCCAAAAGCCUGGGUAGAGUGGUCUGGAUCAUCUGGCACCCUCCCAAAUGGGAACCUCAAAGUACCUCUUGUGUGGAAGGGUUCCUGGAUUCUCCCCAGCCCCACCCUCUCCUUCAGCCAUGUUGAUGGCAGAGGCAGAGAACUUAAGAACUUACAGCCCGAUUCUCACUGGAGAGGAAAACUUGUCAUCUGGCUUUGCGAAGAAGGUUCCACCUUACGCUCGUAGUACAUUAUCUUUACCAUGUGCUAGGAUAUCACAUUUAAAAGGAUAAAAAAAAAUGUAAAAUACUUGAAUGAGCUUGUAUUAUAACAUUAAUAUUAUUGAGAGUAUCUGCUUUCCAGGCUGAAGUGAUUCAUUCAUUAUUCUAGUCCUGCUUUAGUCCUUUGUAAUUUGUGGUAAUUAUGCUUUUCUUUUUAAUACAAAAAAUGUAUAAAAAUAAAAAUUUGAAAAGGCAAAA